UACAGUUAAAAAACGUUAGAAUCACAAGAUGAUGACAGAUAUAGAGGAGGCAGAAGUGAUAAAAAUUCAGCCACAAAUUGAACAACAUGAGAGCGAUGAAAUUAAAGUGGACUUUUCAGAAGCUGCUAAGAAGUUAGCUCAAGGUCUAUUAAAUAUUUAUCAAUUGCCAUUGGAACAAGUUCAGAAAGAACUUACUGAAGUCACGAAUAAACAAGAAACUUUACUCAGUCAAAUGCAGAUUGAGAAUAAAAAACUUCAAGAAACUUUUGAUGAUGUUAAAUUGAACGAAAUGUUUCAAACUAUUAAACUUUAUCAAGGGAAGUUAACUUUAAUGAAAAAAGAAAUGGCUUCUGUUCAUGAGAGGACAUUUAAAUUGAAAUAUGGUGUUAUUUUUUUUAUAGAAACGAGCAUUGAGGUUGCAACAAAUAAAACAGAAAGAGGCCUUGAGUAGAGAACACCAACGAGAACAAGAAGUUCGUCGUGAACAAGAAUUAAUCGGUAAGCCUACGAUAAGCUAAGAAAAACAUUGCGUAAUAAGAACGAUCAAUAUCAUCAAUGAUAUUUAGCUGUACAGAGAGAUAAUGUAUUUAUAUGUUCACUUACAGUAAAAUUUACAUCUAAACUCAGUCAAUUGAA